CCGCCUUAACGUGGGACUUCGUAACGUGUCAAUGGCAGCAGGUGCCGGCUGGGAAAUGUAGUUUUCGUCAGAAUACGGAAGUGUUCUGAGCUGUCGCUGGAAGGGUUUGACUGAAAUGGCUGAGAUGGAGGACAUGAAUUUAAACCUUGGGGAUUUGGACUUGACUUCUGACGACCUCACUUUGGAUACUGUUAGCAUUCAUAUUCAGGAGAAUCUAGAAGAUGCUCUAGUGCAGGAAGCUCUUAAAGCGGGUGUUGAUCUCAGACAGUAUUCUAAGCAAGUGGAAAUGGAGUUACAGCAGAUUGAACAUGCUUCAAUAAAAGAUUAUAUACAGGAGAGUCAGAACAUCGCCUCUCUCCACAACCAAAUCAUAGCUUGUGAUGCUAUCCUGGAGCGUAUGGGUCACAUGUUGUGCAGUUUCCAGUCAGACCUUAGUUCAAUCAGCUCAGAAAUUCACACACUGCAGGAACAGUCUCUCGCUAUGAACAUUAAACUUAAAAAUAGACAGACUGUAAGGAGCGAGCUUAGUCAACUGGUGGAUGAACUGAUUAUACCCAGUGCAAUGAUCAGCGUGAUCCUUGAUGUCCCAGUGACAGACCAGCAGUUUGUGGAACAGUUGCAUGAGCUGAACAAUAAGAUAAAUUAUGUGAAGGAGCAAUCAUUCAAAGAUACACAGGCCUGCGUUGAUGUGCAAGAAACUCUACAGAAACUGAAGAUAAAGGCUGUGACUAAAGUCCGUGAGUACAUCCUGCAGAAGAUCUACUCCUUCCGUAAACCAAUGACAAAUUACCAAAUCCCCCAAAAUGCUUUGCUGAAAUACAGGUUCUUCUAUCAGUUCCUUCUGGGAAAUGAGCGCUCUGUGGCUCAGGAGAUUCAGGAUGAAUACGUAGAGACGAUGAGCAAAGUCUAUCUGUCAUAUUUCAAAUCCUAUACGAGCCGACUCAUGAAGUUACAGUAUGAAGAAGUGGCAGAGAAGGACGAUCUCAUGGGGAUUGAAGACACAGCAAAGAAAGGCUUUUUCUCAAAGCCAGCUCUCCGUAGCAAGAACACUGUGUUUACAGUUGGAAACAGAGCUGCAAUCAUCAGUCCAACUGAAUUAGAAGGACCCAUUAUUGUUCCACACACGGCACAGAGGGGCGAUAUCCGGUACCCCUUUGAGUCUUUAUUUCGCAGCCAGCACUAUGCACUGCUUGAUAACAGUUGUCGAGAAUUCCUCUUCUUGUCCGAGUUCUUUCUGGUGAAUGGCGCAGCGGCUCAGGAGCUGUUUAACUCUGUAAUGGGGCGAACCCUUGCCAUGUUCCUGAAACACAUUGAUUCCUACGUAUCAGACUGCUAUGACAGCAUCGCUAUCUUCCUCUGUAUUCACAUUGUACUGAGAUUCAAAGGAAUUGCUCAGAGAAGAGACAUCCCUGCUGUGGACAAGUACUGGGAUGCCCUGCUGGACAUGCUGUGGCCCAGGUUUCAGUUCAUCCUAGAAUUAAACAUUCAAAGUAUUCGGAACACAGAUCCACAAAGGCUGGGCACUGUUGAUACAAGGCCGCACUAUAUAACCCGCCGUUAUGCAGAGUUUUCCUCAGCCAUCGUCAGCAUAAACCAGACAUUUCCAAAUGAGAAGACAAAUACCCUGCUUGGUCAGUUACAGGUAGAGGUGGAGAAUUUCGUCCUUAGAAUGGCAGCAGAGUUCUCAUCAAGAAAAGAACAGUUGAUUUUCUUGAUAAACAACUAUGAUAUGAUGCUCGGUGUCCUUAUGGAACGAUCAUCCUCAGACAGCAAAGAAGCGGAGAGUUUCCAACAGUUGCUGACUGCUCGAACACAGGAGUUUAUUGAAGAGAUACUUGCUCCAUCAUUUGGAGGAAUGAUCGCUUUUGUGAAGGAGUCAGAAUCUCUAAUUGAGAAGGGACAACAGGAGCGACUCAGAAGUGAAGAGGCACGCGUCGCUCAGCUAGUGCGGGGGUUCUCAUCAACAUGGAAACAAGCAGUGGAGAAUCUGAGUCAGGAUGUUAUGAGGUCAUUUACCAACUUUAAGAAUGGAACUAGCAUCAUACAAGGUGCCUUAACACAGCUGAUCCAGUAUUAUCACCGAUUUCAUAAGAUACUCUCCCAGCCGCCUCUCAGGAAUCUGCCUGUAUGCUCAGAAUUAAUCAACCUGCAUCACCUGAUGGUUGAGCUCAAAAAACAUAAGCCUAAUUUUUGAACCCAAAAAGGUUUUAAGUCUGCCUUCCUCCAUAGGAAAUUGGGUAUAAAACUGGUUCAGUAAGCUGUACGUAAAACACUAAUCUGAGAUGCAUCAAAUGAAAUAAACCGAGAUGUACCAUUUUAGUUUAUUGGAAGACUUUGUUGUUACAGUCCAUACUUUGUCUUGCAUAUGAUCCAAGUUUUUAUUUUGUUAGCAAGACAAAAGCACUUGCUCUCUAGAUGUUGUGAAAGUAAGAUACCUGUACGGCAGGUAAACACGGGGCUCCACCAAAUUUUAAAUAUUAAUAGCAUUCUCAUACAAGGAUAACUAAUGGUUGCUUGUAGAAUUAUGCCAGAACUAAAUGUACGGGGAAAAUAAAGUUUACUAUUGGUAACAAAUCUUGGAUACAA